UUUAUUGCAAUUUUCUGUAUAUUGCGUAUUUCCAAUAUGGAAGGUGCUGGGUUAAGGGGAUUUGAUAUAUAAAAAUUGUGUUUUGAUUGUCACUCUCUUUUUCUUUUUUCACUUCAGGUUCAGUGUGUUUGAUCUUUUCACUCCUGCUUCAAGGAAAAGGCUUCCUCUUACCCUAGUCAUAUGUAGAAUGGCACUGCAAGAUAUAUUAGUGAAUGCAGUUGGUUCCAACAUACUUAGAAACAAAUCUAAAGUUGUGGAUUUUAUUCAGGAGCCUAGCAAGAUUAGAGUGAUCCUUGAAAAUGGAGAGCACCAUGAUGGUGAUAUUUUAAUAGGAGCAGAUGGAAUAUGGUCAGAAGUGCGUUCGAAACUCUUUGGGCGGCAAGAAGCAAAUUACUCGGGUUUGACAUGCUAUAGGUGGUGGGAAUUGGAGUAGGUGGUUACCAGGUAGAGGUGGCUUUAGAGGUAGAAGUUUUCGGGGUAGAGGAGAACACGCUGGUUUUGGUUCGACAAUAUAAAUCGCUUAGACUGCAUCUAUUUUUAAUAUGAUUGGUAUGCAUAUCAACAAAAAACAACAAUGUUCAGUCAAUAGGUUUCAGGCAAAGCAGUGUUCAGUUAAUUAAUGUAGUGUUGCAGUGUUUAAUCAAUAAAAAACAUGUAA